AUGUGGUGGACAACCAAGAAAGACAGUCUCGCCCAAGCCCCAACUUCAGUAGAAGCCAACAUCAGCGACAUCGGGACAUCGGGAAUUUUGCAAAGAGCUGAAAACGAAGAUUUUAAAAAAUAUGAUGCUUUACGUAUAUCAGCUGACAACGCAUUCUACGGAUCUAAGGCUAUAAAAUAUCAAAUUGUAGGUGACAGUUCUUUGACAAAUAAUUCGACCAAUGUUUCCACUCCUAAAAUUACUGCAAAAUUACCGAAAAUUACUCUUCCUAUAUUUGAAGGCGAUUUCAAAAGUUGGUCUGGAUUUUUUGAUCUUUUUAAUACUUUAAUACAUGAAAAUUCACAAUUGUCAAAUGUAGAAAAGUUCCAAUAUUUACUAACGUCAUUGGGUAAAGAACCUCUAUCUGUAAUUAAAGGACUUCCAGUCACUGAAAAUAAUUAUACAGUUGCUUAUACUGCUAUUAAAAAUCGAUAUCAAAAUAAAAGAUUGUUGGCUACUUAUCAUUAUAAUGAAAUCUGUCAAGCUGGACAGGUCAGAAAAGGAACUUGUACUGAACUUAGAAACCUUUUAAAUAUUUUUUCCGAAAAUAUUUCUGCGCUACGCGUUUUGCAAUUUCCUGUUACUCAUUGGGAUUUUCUCUUAUUUAAUAUGUUAUUGCAAAAAUUAAAUGUUUCUAUUAGGACUGAUUUUGAAGUUCAAAAUACUGUCGAAAUUCCGACAUAUUCAGAUUUAACACAUUUUUUGGAAAAUAAAUGUAAAGCCUUAGAGUCAGUUCAGUUUACUACUUCAUACAAUAAUGAACAUUAUAAGGAUAAGAGCAAACAAUCGUAUCAAUCCUCUAGUUUUUCAUCUAAUAAAAAAUCUUCAGAAAUUAAAACUGGUUAUCCAGCCUUUAUGACAACAAGUAAUAACAAUGCCACACCAUAUCAAUCUAAUAAGGGGGACAAACUGAAAUGUGUACUGUGUUCAUCUUCACAUGCAUUAUACAGAUGUUUUUCCUUUCUUUCAAAAACACCGCAGGACCGGUUAAACUUUGCUAAACAACACAAUUUAUGUACAAAUUGUUUGUUAUCUUCCCAUUCUGUACGAAAAUAUGAACCAAUUCAAGAAUACAAACUGCUCACAGUGACAUACGGGGUAUCGUCUGCUCCAUAUUUAGCUCUUCGAACACUGCAAGAACUUGCUAAUCAGGGAGAGUCUCAUUUUCCUUUAGCUGCAAAGGCAAUAAAGAAAAAUAUUUAUAUAGAUGACGCAAUUUGUGGUGCAAAGAUCUAA